AAGGUGGCGAGUUGUGACAAACUAAAUCACAUGACCGUGAUGAUGACCAUAUAUCAAGUACGUCUAAGGUGACUGUGAUGAAAAAUACUUGGCCACGUCGGACACUGUCUCAGACAGAUACAUAACAAACGUUUUUUAAAAUUAAUGUUUAUUUCUCUUUCAUUUAAUUAUCAUGUGUUGACUGUUAAUAUGAGAAGAAAGAAUAAAUCCGAUGCUAUUUAACAUAUCCAUUGUAAAAAUUUAUCUCCAACAUCGUGUGAAGAUGUCUCUUCUAUGAACACUCAACUUAUGAACUUUUUACAUGAAAAAAGUGUGAAAUUUAGCAAAAAUUUCAUGCGCUUCGUUUCCGUCUUUGAUUGAUACAAUUGGUUUGAAAUAAAAAAAAUGGAAUAUUUUUUUAAACGUAUCUAAUCAGAACUUUGUUGAAAAAAAUUGUUAAACAAGAUACGAAAUCAACAAAUGAUAAUUUUUAUAAUUGGAUAAAUUUCAAUUAAAUAGAAGAAAACAGAAAAUAAUUUUAUUUUUAUUUCUAUUUGAGGAUAAAAAAUGUUCGGUAAAUUGGAAAUGUUAUCAAAUGAAAUCUUAUUAAAUAUAUUUUGUUAUUUAUCAUGGGAUCAAAUGUUAAUAUCAUUAUAGUCUUUGAAUAAACGUAACAAUUCUCUUAUUUAUUCAAUGUUUUUAAUAAAUAAAAAUGGAAUUAUUCUAAAUAAACCCGUUUUAUCUUAUCAAACAUUUUCAUCAACAUUAUUACCAAUUAUAUUCAAUUCUUCAUUUCUUUUUUUCUUCUAUUAAAUAUAUUCAUUUUGAAGGAAUUAAUUCAGUUUCUUUUGAUUUUAUUUAUGAAAAUCGUCGCGAUUUUGCGCGUUUUUUUAGAAAUCAGUGAAUAAAUCGCGAUUUUUCUACUGUGUAUCGAUGGUAACAAGCCGAAAAAAUCGACGAUUUAGCGUGAGAUUAAUCGCGAAUGUAUUCGAUAGAGAAAAUUUUUACAAUUUUGAGCUAUGGAAGCUUGAAGUUUCUAGCUUGUACUGUUGAAGAGUUCUAUGAGUGAUAUCCGUUUUCAGUUUUGAAAACAAUGUACCAUCAUUACAUCCAGAUCUUCCAAUUUUGGAAUUUUUCCACUAUACAAAGUCAACAAUUGAUAUUUUGAAAACCUUCAUAUAAUACACUUAGUUUUUGAGUUAUGUUUCGAGACUUACAAAUUGAAUGAUUUUCUCUAUGGAAUGUAUGUUUUAAAAUUUUGAAUUCACUGGUUGAACCUCCAGUUUUCUAAAGACUCACUUAAAAGUCCUUUAGAAAUCAAUAUUUCCUAUCCGUCGGGAGUUAUUCAAGUUGUCGUCACUCCUAAUUUCUAUUUUGAAAAGUGUAGUAAAAAUCAGGAGACCCACUCCGAGGACUACAGACGCGAGAUUCUUUUUCUACAGUUCUUUACCAACCCAAAAAAUGGCACUGAACGGCGUUGCAUAGAUAAAAAGUUUUAUUGAAGAUGGCCAGGAUGAUGGAUAGUCAUGCAUUGAUUUGCCAUAGUCGUCAAAUGAUUAACAUAAAAAGUGUGAACUAAUCAAGUUAUAACCUUGGGAAAUAAUCAAUAUUAGGGUGUUGAGAUCUGUUGUAGAUAUAUCGAAUAUGUACAACAAGCUUAUUUGUCAGUUAAAUCAAUGGUUAGAAUAAUAAUAAUGUUAAAUUGAGAAAAACGAAAAUGAACAGCAAUAAGGCAAACAAAUAAUUUCUACUCGAAAUGCAAAAAUAAGAUAGAUCGUUUUAUUGAUGAUUGAUUAUCCUUGAAAAGCAACUAUACUCUUUACUUCCAACAAGGGCUGUAUUCAUAAGCUUUUUAACAAGACUCUUUAUCCUAUAAUCUACAUCUAAUUCAUGUUAUAAAUACUAUGAAGAAACUUAUCACAUCUAUUCUAAAUCUAGAUGCGACAGAUACUAUUGAAAGUACAUGCCCGGUCGAUAUUCAGAUCCGAAAAUUUGAACUCUACGAACUGUCAUGUAGAUUCGAACUUUACUAAGAAAGAUCAAUCAAAAGAAAAUUUUUCUAAACUUGUUUUGUUUCAGGAACUCCUAAUUCGUCAUAAAUUAAUUAAUAAACUAUUUCUGAAUCACAAUUUCGAUUAUCAAAUUCUAAACCAUUUAUAUUUCAAUCAUUAAGUUGUAUGCUUAAAAUUAAUUCAAAUAUAGCACUUUUUCGACAUCAUCUACAUCUUAAAACUCAUAUAUAUUUUGCAAUUGAACAAUUAUGUUAUUGUCUGUUACAACGAAUAACAAUAAGUCGUGCAAUACAAAAUAUUGAUCUACGUUUAUUAAGUGAUUUUAAAUUACGACAAUUACCAAUUCACCAUAUCAAUUAG